CAAAGUUACGUAACAACAAAAAUCGCAGCAAGCCUCCCUUCUUUGAAUAUUAUCACAAUAAAUUACGUUCACGCUAGUGGGCGCUCGAUAGUUUGUUUUGUUGUUUUCCAACUUGCCAAUUCCGACAAGUCAAUUCGAAUGUCGUAUUUAUAUUUUGAGUAUUUUGACGUUUUAUUUCUCGCUUUCAUGGUAACUUUUGUUCUUGUUGUUACAAAAUUCAUAAUGGCCAGUUCGUCAUCGGAACCACCACAAACAGGACAGAAAGCUCCUCUUUCUAUGAAGCUUGUGAUGGCGGGGAUUCGAAAAAAAUAUCCUUCAGUUAAACACGUUUCCACGACCGAUUUACAUUCAAAAAUGGGUAAAAUUCAACCAACUGAAAAUUCUCCAAAUCUUAUGCUUUUGGACGUACGUUAUGUGGACGAGUUUGAAGUUAGUUGUCUAUCUAAUGCAGUAUGGAUCGACGAAAAACUCCCUACUAAAGAAAAACUAUGCGAAGUAGAGGAAAAACUUUUAGAAAAACAAAACACCGACGUCUAUGUUUAUUGCUCAGUUGGAUAUAGGUCGUCUGAUUUAAUUAGUCAAAUCACGAAAAGUCCUUCAUAUGAGAAAUUUUCAAAACAAAACAUCAAUUUUUACAAUAUUACUGGUGGAAUAUUCCAAUGGGCAAAUGAAAAACGGCAAGUAUUUAACAAAGAUGGAAAUAAAGCUGACUUAGUUCAUCCAUACAAUGCAUUCUUUGGUAAAUUACUGAACAAAUCUUAUCGAUUUAAGCCAAAGAAACCACUUUGAUCCUGCCCAUGUCAUGUGAGUAUAUACUGAUAUAAGCAAAUUUUAGUAUUUUAAAAAUAUGUUUGAAAUUUAUCUUCUUUAUAUUUCUAUUCAAGCAUCUAAAGAAGUAUUUUGUACUGGGCAUGUUUUAAUAUUUUAUCAUAAUGCUAUAAAAAUUACUUCACUUAUAAACCUCUCCCUUAAAUAAUAUGCAUUACAUGUUGUGAUUUUAGUAAUUUCUCAAUGUGCAAGUCUUUGUUACUAAGUCAGAAUAUUAUCUGCUAUUUUUGCAGUAUUGAUUGCACUUUUAAUAUCGGUUAGUUCAGCAAUCCGCUGAUAUAUUAUGAGACAUUUCAUUUGCACAAUAUGGCAACUUCUUCAAGCUGUUUAUAUGGCGCUCCAGAAGUAUGUGUACCAAUAUGUAAUGAGGUAACUAAUUUUGUUCGCCUACUUUACAUCAAGUUGUGUAAAGGGACUGAAACCUAUGGCCAGGGGGUAUAUUCACUUGGCUAUAACAUAAACAGUCCCUAAACUCAAAAUAGACCUAAAAUAAGGAAAAUCGGAACAAAACUAUGCCCUAACCCUAAUCUGGUACACAUACUACGGGAGUACAGUUUUUAUACACAAUUUUUAUAUGUUAUGUUUUUGUUGUUGAAUGCAUUCAUUUUCAGGUACUUUUUCGACUUAGAUCUAUAGUUACUUGACUUUUGAGUGACCUAUAUUUUGAAAUUGGUUAACAUUACUGGUAUCUCAUUUAGAUAUCCCUUAAAAUUGUCAACCCCAUUAUGGUGUAAAAAUGGAUUAUGGUACCUAUGUUUGAGUGGCCUUUUGAUCAGAACUUGAUUAACAUCUCAAUAUUAGCAAUAUGGUGUGAAAGAUUAAGUUAAUUCAUCAUUCGUUUGAUGCUUCAGCAUUCUACAGGUUUUUCUUGAAUAUUAUAGUUUAUUACUUUAUUGUAUUAACAUGUGUAUGUUAAAGUAUACUACCAUCAAUGGGUCUUCACUUGUAAAAAGUUUUCAAAAACAUUUGUUACAAUUUUUAUCUGCCUACCGUUAUUGUUGAUUGAUA